GAGCUACGUUCACAACCACAUCGGCAAACACUCAACACUCCCAAACCCCUAUUUAAAAGUAGUUGUUUUAGCGGAUUCUCGUGCAGUGAUCCAGUUGGUUUUACGGCACAUUCGUCAAGCUUAUGCGAACAUUUGACUCACUGAUUUGAGCACAAUCGCCAACUGUUUACAAAGAGAGUCCAGCUUUUCCAUAGAUUGGAAAUAUAACUUGAACUAAGGAUGGCUUCCCGCGGGAAAUCAGAAACUGGGAAAUUGAGACAAAAUAUGGAAGAGCAGCUUGACAGACUGAUGCAGCAGCUCCAGGAUUUGGAGGAAUGCAGAGAAGAGCUGGAUGAAGAAGAAUACGAGGAGACCAAGAAGGAAACCUUGGAACAGUUGAGUGAAUUCAACGACUCUCUGAAGAAGAUCAUGACAGGAGACAUGACACUUGUGGAUGAGCUCAGUGGAAUGCAGCUGGCAAUCCAGGCUGCCAUCAGCCAAGCGUUCAAAACCCCAGAGGUGAUCCGACUUUUUGCUAAGAAGCAGCCAGGACAGCUGAGAACCAGACUAGCAGAGAUGGACCGAGAUGUUAUUGUGGGGAAACUGUCGCGGGAUCUGUACACGCAGCAGAAAAUGGAAAUCCUCACAGCCUUGAGAAAACUGGGGGAGAAGCUUACUAUAGAGGAUGAGACUUUUCUGGCAGAAAACGCUACAGCUACUCUGAGCCAGUUUGAAAAAGUGACUGCAAACUCAGGGUCCGAAGAUAAAAUUAUGGCUUUAGCUAGCUCUGGUGUGAAAACCAAGGCAUAGUAAUUAUACAAAAUGUUGAUUUUAAGUCGACUUUGUUAUCACCAAGACAGAAAAUGUGCCAAUUGAUGGUUGAUUUUGUAAAUAAUCAGUGCACUUCUAGGUGUUGCUGUAGAUGCUAACACUUUUUAACAGUAUUGUUUUAUACCCCUCAACGUCUUUUAUUUGUUCAGAUAAGUGUAUAUUGUAUUAUAGGUACAAGCAUGUGAUUUCUUAAAUAUGAAGACAUGUACAUGAAUGUGAAGGAUAUUCCAGGCAGUUCAUGAGAAAUAAUUCUGUUGUGAUUUGUGUUAUAUUUCUUAUUGGGUUGCUGUGUCUAUCUGUCUAAAAACCUAAAAAUUCAAUGGUGUUUUUAAAGAUGUUGAAUCCCUGUAUGAGUGCUGCAAGUGUUGUUUUAUUAUAAAGAUGUCAUAUUAUUUUAAUUCAA